GUGAGGUGUGACACAGAACACGUGAUACACGUCACACUAGUUCUGCAUUGGAAAGGAAAAAUGCAUGUAAGACAGAAAUGGGCUUAUAGAUGUAAAAAUCCUGCAUUCAACUCUAAAUAGGAGAAAUCCAUUCAAAUGGUGAAUUAAGAGAUACAGCCCUCUAAAUUCCCCAUGGGUUUUCUAGAAGGUGCCUUCAAACUCUCGGCUCUUCGGACAUCAUCCACGCUGUAGAAGGUGCCAGGAAAGGCUAAAGAGAACUGAACAACAACCUCUCAUUGAGCACAGGACACAGAACCAGUGACCAGUAUGGUUGUCAUCGUCCUCAUCUUGAUCAUCUGCCUUGGGACAGGGUUACCCAUCCAAGCGCAUCCUCAUGACAACACCUUCUGGCAAUUCGCCAACUGGACGGCCAGGCAACAUACUAAUGGGUCCCGUCUAUCUCUAUGCUGAUUCCUGUACUCUGUAUUUUGGUUUUACUGUGUCUCUGUGGCCCUUGUAUUCUUCAGUGUCUUCAAUCAAUGUUACAUCGUAUGAUUUCUGGGUAUCAACCUGCCCCCAGAGCACCAGAUUAUUAUCCUAUUCCUACGCAAGAUUAAAUAAACAUUCUUUCUAAAGUGUGGAGGAGAUUUUAGAAAAAAACAAAGAAUGCGGUCUGAGGACGUCCUCUCUCUCUGUCCUGUCCUAACAAAAAGCGUUUCCUGACGAAGCAGAGCGACAGAGUGUCGAGAGAUUGUGUCGAGCGUUCAGCAUGAGGAUCAUACAACUUCUGCUCUAUCUACUUGUGUGCUGUGGAGCUGCUGAAUGUUUCACAGAGAAGUUUAUAGAUUUGGGACAAAAUGUGACUCUAAAGUGUGAAGUGGCUGUGAAAGACGUGAACUGGUUCCUGAUGAAGGCGUCAGAACCUCCAGUGUUUAUAUUACGCUCUUUCUCCAGUUUUUGCCUGACAGCACAAUGCAUUAACACAACCGUCAACAAGAGAUUCUCACUGCAGUAUAACAACAGUUUAUUUAUACACAAUAUCAGUACUAAGGAAUUAGGAGUCUAUCGUUGUAUUCAUACUCCUACUGAUUCACCUCCAAACAUCAGCCGUGGAAUCAGACUUUACAUCCAGAGUCACUCAGCUGUGAUUCCAGGAAAUCAGACCACGAUCAGAGAAGAUGAACAGAUGCAGAAUCAGAUGGACAAGGAACCUAAAGUGAUCUGUUUCUCACAACCUCUCUUUGUAUCAGUAAUAAUGAACUGCGCUCUGGCUCUUGUGGUUACAGUUUUUACGGUUGUGUGCUGCAGAAGAUCUCCAAAAACCCAAACACAACCUCCUGGUUUACAUCAGCAACAGGACAACAUCAACCCUGUGAAAAGUUUCACACAGGUGCUGAAGGACGACAUUUUCACUGUGGUAGAGUUUACACAGUUUCCUCUUAAGGCCUAAACACAGGGCUGUGGUCAAGACCUGCACACACACCAUCAGCAUCAGGCAGCCUGUGAGAGAUACACGUUCUGCUUACGUGCUUGUCUUCUGCGGUGAAAUUGCCUCUGAUGUGCUUUUUUUAGACAAACUGAACUCAAAGUUAAUAUUCAGUUAUUCAGGCUGAUUUAACACAUUGUGAACCAUUAGUAUGGAAGAUUGAUUUAAUGUCUAAAGCUGUAAUAAAAUACUCUUGUCUCCCCAUGAA